CUAGCUGUCCUGAAGGAGCUGACAGCACAGAGAGCCAGCAAUCCGCUUACUGAGCAUUACAAUUAAACGGACUCUGCGUUUCAGUUGAUUCUUGUCAGAUCUGCUCAUUGCUCGACUUGCUAAAUAAGUGCAAAAGCAGCACGGCUUUCUCUGUGUUUUACAGACCUCACGGACGUUUUAUUAUUCGUUUGCUUAUUUUGCUCCGGAAAGUAUUUAAUGCAAGGACGUAUUCUGUGAUCAGAGAGGCACUUCGACUUCAGUAGACAUGUGUAUGAGAAGAGACUACCAAUUACACGUCAUCGUUACGGUGUUGGUUCUCGCUGCUGCGGUGACAAACACACAUGGACAAGAAAAUGUCAAUGCUGUGGGCCAGAGAAGAGUGGAGUCAGACAGCGGAGCCUUCACACACUCCCCCACACAGGACACAGCGAGUGAGAUCAACCAUUUCACCACAGCAUCCACCAUGAACGUCCCUAACCAGCGGCCCGUCUUCAGAGGCUUCGCCCUCCAUGAACACCUGCUCACUAAAAACUUCCAGGGGGACCAGCAGUUCUUCACAGACCAUGGAGAUGUGGCAGGACAUCCUACAAUGCCUGGCUCUGUUUCCACUCUUGAGGCAGGAGACGCUUCGACUCGCCUUGUGCAACAUGAGGACACCCCUGCCUUCUCUGACAUAGCCACUACUGCCACAGUGGCUGCCACAACCUCCCUCACCAGCUCUGCUCCUACAACCCCGGGGCUACUGGUGAGCAUAGCUCAGAAGGACAAGCCAGCCGAGGACAAGGCCAGGGAGGCAGAGAAGGUGACAGUGACCACAGACUCCCUGACCACCCCUGUAGUGGCAAACACUGCCCCUACAGUCAGUGGCCUCAGACCCAAUGUCCCCCCCUCCCCGAAUGGAAGUCUCCAUAGUCAGAGGGCAGGGGUCACAGAGACCACCGUGGCACCCCCUGUGCUGACCACCUCAGUGAGGGUGGAGAAAGGGGAGUCCGAGGAACCAGAGGUAAAGAACAGGACAGGCCCUGGCAUCCAGCUCACCAAACUAACCGCAGCAUCCACAGGAGAGGUGGAUGAGGGAACCACCACCACAACCAUCAUCACAACCACCACCAUUUCCACCAUGCAGACACCAGGUCCCUGCACUGUGAAUUUCACUGACCCAGAGGGUCACAUUGAGAUUCCACAGCUGCAUUCCUCAGCUUCGUCGCCUGACCCUGGAGUGGACUGCACCUACGUGCUGACCGUCUACCUGGGAUACGGGAUUGAAGUACAGGUGCUGAACGUGAGCCUGUCAGAGGGGGAGGUGGUGACAGUAGAAGACAUGGGGGGACGAGAGCUGUCCAUCCUGGCUAAUGAGACCGUCCUGAUGAGGGGUCUGGUGGUGCGCAGCUGGAGCAAUCAAAUCUCCAUCCUUUACCGCAGUGACCAGCAGCCUCACUCUGGCUCCCUGCUGCUGCUGCAUUACCAAGCCUUCGUGCUGAGCUGUGCCUUCCCUAAGGAGCCAGCCAACGGGGAGGUAUCAGUGACUCACCUCCAUGCUGGGGGAGAGGCCUACUUUCAGUGUCUGACCGGCUACCAGCUGCAAGGCCCCACCAUGCUCGCCUGUCGCAACGCCACUACACCUUACUGGAGUGGCAAGGAGCCAAAAUGCCUGGCUUCCUGUGGUGGGAUGAUAAAAAAUGCCACGUUGGGCCGUAUUGUCUCUCCUGGUUUCCCCGGCAACUACAGCAACAACUUGACUUGCCAUUGGGUCCUGGAGGCUCCUGAAGGCCACCGGCUUCAUGUUCACUUUGAGAAAGUGGCUUUGGCUGAGGAUGAUGACAGACUCCUAAUAAAGAAUGGGAACAACAUUGACUCGCCUCUGGUAUAUGACUCCUAUGAGGUGGAGUACCUGCCCAAUGAGGGCGUGGUGAGCACAGGACGUCACCUCUUUGUAGAGUUCACCACAGACGGGACUGUGACUUCCACAGGAGCAGCCAUCAGAUAUGAAGCUUUUGCGAAGGGCACAUGCUAUGGGCCUUUUGUGAAAUAUGGAAACUUCACUAGCAGUAACACAGCUUGCGGUGUGGGUGCAGUGGUGGAGUUUGCCUGUGACCCGGGCUACACUCUGGAGCAGGGCUCAGUCAUCAUUGAGUGUGUGGAUGCAGAAAACCCCCAGUGGAACGAGACAGAGCCAGCCUGCAGGGCUGUGUGUAGUGGUGAGAUCACAGAUUCAGCCGGUGUGGUUCUUUCUCCAAACUGGCCCGAGGCCUACGACAAGGGCCAGGACUGCAUCUGGGGCAUCCACGUGGAAGAGGACAAGAGGAUCAUGCUAGACAUCCAAGUGCUCAAUGUGGGUAAGAAUGACCUGUUGACCUUCUACGACGGUGAUGACCUAACAGCUAACAUCCUGGGUCAGUACAGUGGCACCAGGUCUCGCUUCAGGCUCUACACCUCUAUGGCUGAUGUCACCAUCCAGUUCCAGUCGGACCCUGCUACCAACAUCUACGGCUAUGGCAACGGCUUCGUGGUCCACUUCUUUGAGGUCCCCAGGAACGACACAUGCUCUGAGCUGCCAGAGAUCACUAAUGGCUGGAAGAGCACCUCCCACCCAGACUUGAUCCAUGGGACAGUGGUCACCUACCAGUGUUACCCAGGUUACGAGGUGCAGGGCUCUGAGAUCCUCAUGUGCCAGUGGGACCUGACGUGGAGUGGAGACGUCCCUCGCUGUGAGAAAGUGAUGACGUGUCCUGACCCGGGGAAUGUGGAGCACAGCCGGAGGAUGGUGACGGGAUCCCGCUUCAUGGUGGGAUCGACAGUGCAGUAUGUGUGCAAUAAGGGCUACUCCCUGUCUGGAAGCACUCUGCUCACCUGCUACAACAGAGACUCAGCCAACCCCAAGUGGAGCGAGAGGCUGCCUAAGUGUAACCCUGAGAAGUAUGAGCCCUGCAGGAACCCUGGUGCCCCCUCCACCAGUGUGCAGAGCUUAGAGAAAGCCUUCUACCAGGCAGGGGAGACACUGAGCUUCUCCUGCCGUACCGGAUAUGAGCUGCAGGGGGAGCCCACCAUCCGCUGUGUCCCUGGACACCCGUCACAGUGGAGCGGCACACCACCCGCCUGUAGAGCAUCCUCUUUGCAGUAUUUGAAUGAGCGAAAGUUGGAUGUAGCUAAUCCUGAGUACGGUAUGGAGGGAACCAACAUUGCCAUCGCCGUUCUGAUUCCUGCUGCGGUUGUAUUGGUAGUCAUUCUGGGGAUUUACCUCUACUUUGCAAAACUUCAGGGGAAGACCAUCAGAAUGCCAACAUCAUCCAUGCCGCCAUAUGACAACAUGACAGAGGAGUCAGCCUUCAACAACCCAAUCUAUGAUAAAGGAAACAAUGAGGUGAGGCCUUCUUCUGAUGCCGACUGUCCAUCUUAACGAGCACACCUCAUAUCCACCUCACCCACUGUGUCACCUGUCACUGUACCAAACUGGUGUCAACUUCAGUCAACACAUUUUGGGGUUAAUGGGUUCCUCACCACUGAGCUCCCUGACCCUCACUAACUUCAUCACUCUCUCUUUUUCUCUUUCCCUCAAGUAGUUACUAUUAACUUAAAUUUGGGAAAGAAAAUACCUUUGCAUAACAUCUCACUGUUGAUAAUGAAAGUAAAGUAUGGGGUGGCAGUGGCUGAGGAACUGAAGUAUUAUGACCCAGAGUAAGAACUUUUGGCCAGUAAGAACCUUUGAUGAGUGUGUUUGUCUGGUCUUUACAGGAAAAAAGAGAUUAUGAGGUAACCAUUUAGAGACCUUACAGCGAGAGGAAUUCAACCGUUGCUUUUUGUGACCUCUCAGCUUUUCUGCGAUGACUUCAACUCCUAUUCCUCACUCUUCUUUCGCUUCAUUCCCUCCUUUUUGUGGGCUUUUGUAAAUAUCCGUCUUUCCAGAGGACUUCUACCAGAGCUGCAACGGUGGUGGUUCAACAUGGUGUUAUUUUUGUAGAGCUUCAACACAGAUGGCCUUUCUUUAGAGUUUCUACAUUGUUUAUUUCAUAAGCCCAGGACUGGUUACAUUAUGGGGGAUAGGGAUACAUUAAGUUUAAUUGGUUUUUAAGUUUUACAUGAGAAAUCUGAAGAAUGAAUGUACCGAUAAUGAGUUGGCAAAGAUUUUGAAAUAUACACUAUACAUGAAAAAUACAUUAUGACCCACAGUUGACUGAACAUUGUCCAAAUUUCACAUUUACCUUAAGUGAAUAUUUUAAUUUUCAAUUUUGCUACUAUAAUUCCACCAACCAUGUCUACAGCUAUAUGUUUUGUUUUUUAAAUCACUUUGUAAAUAAACUGCCUGUCUAAUAUGAGGGUGUCUGAGACUUGACGAACCAAAUUAGUGUUUUGUUCAAGUUUGACUCACAGUUUUGUUGAGAGACAUGUCCUGUGCUAAAACAACUAUAAAAUACAUCAGAGAAAUGUAUAGACCACAGUGUUAAUCUCCCCUUCAUGGCAGAUAUAGAGUAGGUAAAUACUACUUGGCUAAACUAAUGUUAAAUCCCAACAGCUUUUUCUUGAGAGUAUGCACCAAUUUAAUGAAAAGGAGGCCAUCUAAAAUCCCAUCUUCUACAAAGUGCUGUUCUGUAAAGUACACAAACGUCAUGUACAUAAGAAUGCUCACGGGCCACUGUCUACCACCCCUUGUCUGUGCUCUCCUUUGUUUCUGUCUCUCCACACAAUAAAUUGACUGCUUAAAGUAUUGAACUGCAUCCCCAACAUUUGUUGACGUCAAAGAACAUGUCAGAUAUUCAAACUAUGUGUACUUUUCUUCUCUUUGUAAAAUAAACAAUCCAUCCAGUCCAAUCUGAGUUUGCAAGUCACAACAGGUUUUAUUUUUACUGUUUAUCUUAAUUGUUGUCUCUAUAAAUGUUAAAUUGACUCCCUUUGGUAUCAUUGUGUGUCUUUGGUCAUAAACUUUGAAUAUAUAGUGCAAACUGAUGAUUGCCCAGCAAUAGUACAUUCAGAGUAAGUUGUAAGGUGGGUGUAUAUUUUAUUACUCAAAAUCUGAAUAAAAAGAACUGCAUUAACUGUGAAAAAUU